CAGCUCUCUCUCCGUUGAGCACCUCUCCGAGCACCCACGCUUCGCGGCUCCGCUGUACGCCCCCUACCCGGGCAUGCGCCCCCUGGAACCUCUGGCCAUCCAGAGCUCGCGCUACCCCCGGAGUCUCCCCAGAGCCAGCUGCGCAGGAUGGGCGGCCUCGGUCCCAUGCCGCCGCCGCUGCUGCUGCUGCUAAUGCUGGGAGCUCGGUGCUUUGCCCGGGAGGUGCUGGUCCCAGAGGGGCCGCUGUACCGUGUGGCUGGCACAGCCAUCUCUAUCUCCUGCAAUGUUACUGGCUACGAAGGCCCUGCCCAGCAGGACUUUGAGUGGUUCCUGUACAGGCCUGAGGCCCCAGAGGCUGCACUUGGCAUUGUUAGUACCAGGGAUACCCGAUUCUCCUAUGCCGUCUUUGGGCCCCGUGUGGCAGCUGGUGAGGUGCAGGUGCAGCGUCUGCGUGGUGAUGCUGUGAUGCUCAAGAUCGCCCGCCUGCAGGCCCAGGAUGCUGGCAUUUAUGAGUGCUACACACCCUCCACUGACGCUCGCUACCUGGGCAGCUACAGCAGCAAAGUGGAACUGAGAGUUCUUCCAGAUGUGCUGCAGGUAUCUGCAACUUCCUCAGGGCCCCGAGGCCGCCAGGCCCAGACUUCUCCCCCUCGCCUGACGGUGUAUGAGGGGCAGGAGCUGGCACUGGGCUGCAUGGCUCGGACAAGCACGCAGAAGCACACGCAUCUGGCUGUGUCCUUUGGACGAGCUGUUCCUGAGGCACCUGUGGGACGAGUGACUCUACAGGAAGUGGUGGGACUUCGGCCUGACCUGGCCGUGGAGGCUGGUACUUCCUAUGCUGAGCGGCUAGCCGCUGGGGAGCUACGACUUGGCAAGGAGGGGGCUGAGAGGUACCACAUGGUGGUGGGGGGUGCCCAGGCAGAGGAUGCUGGGACCUACCACUGUACUGCUGCUGAAUGGAUUCAGGAUCCUGAUGGCACCUGGUCCCAAAUAGCCGAGAAGAGGGCUGUCCUGGCCCAUGUGGAUGUGCAGACCCUGUCCAGCCAGCUAGCAGUGGCAGUGGGACCUGGUGAACGUCGGAUUGGCCCAGGGGAACCCUUGGAACUGCUGUGCAAUGUGUCAGGGACACUGCCCCCAUCAGGCCAUCAUGCUGCAUACUCUGUGGGCUGGGAGAUGGCACCUGCAGGGGCACCUGGGCCUGGCCUCCUGGUAGCCCAAUUGGACACAGAGGGUGUGGGCAGCCUGGGCCCAGGCUAUGAGGGCCGACACAUUGCCAUGGAGAAGGUGGCAUCCAGAACCUACCGGCUACGGCUGGAGGCUGCCCAGCCUGGUGAUGCAGGCACAUACCGCUGCCUUGCCAAGGCUUAUGUCCGAGGGUCUGGGGCCCGGCUUCGUGAAGCAGCCAGUGCCCGCUCCCGGCCCCUCGCCGUGCAUGUGCGGGAGGAAGGUGUGGUGCUGGAGGCUCUGGCAUGGCUAGCAGGAGGUACAGUAUACCGUGGGGAGACUGCUUCCCUGCUCUGCAACAUCUCUGUGCAGGGUGGCCCCCGAGGGCUGCGGCUGGCCACCAACUGGUGGGUAGAGCGACCUGAGGAUGGGGAGCUGAGUUCCUCCUCCGCCCGGCUUGUUGGUGGCAUGGAUCAGGAUGGUGUGGCAAAACUGGGGGUCAGGCCUGGAGGAGGCCCUGUCAGUGUGGAGUUGGUGGGACCCCGAAGCCAUCGGCUGAGACUACACAGCUUGGGGCCCAAGGACGAAGGUGUAUACCACUGUGCCCCCAGUGCCUGGGUACAACACACUGACUACAGCUGGUACCAAGUGGGCAGUGCCCGUUCAGGGCCUGUCACAGUCUACCCCUACAUGCAUGCCCUGGACACUCUGUUCGUGCCCCUGCUGGUGGGUGCAGGGGUUGCCCUAGUCACAGGUGCCACCAUCCUUAGCACCAUCACUUGCUGCUUCAUGAAGAGGCUGCGAAAACAGUGAUCCUUUGCCCCAAUCCAGGUGACACCAGAUUUCCAGGAAUGUCAUCUUUGAUAAUGACUCAUGUGGCCCUGUGACUCGAGACAAAGAUGUCCUCUGCAUGAACCCAAACUGGCAUGGGCUCCCUCUGGAAUCCCCUUUUCUCCUUUCAGGAGGUACAGAUCCCACUGGACCUCAGCUUCCCAGCCUGGAAUGGAGCAGAGUGGGGUGUUCUCUCUCAAGGGGCCCAGACUUUUAUUAAAGGACAGGAAUGGGGUUUAGCAAGUGUCAAGAGGGUAUGCCUGCUUGGGCACACACUUUUCUCCCAGGAGACCAGCUUCAGGUCCCCUUUAACUCUACUUCUUAACUUGCCGUUGCUCUCCGCUCACCAUCCUGGUUGGCUGCCCUUGGUGACUGGGAUGACACAGGAAGGGGGUAGAUGUGGGAUGCAAAUAGCAUCUGCAGGGGCUUCUGUCCUCCUAGCUGGGCAGACCAUAGGCCACAGAUACAGCCAGAUAUUGGAUGCCUUGCCUCCCUCACAUUCUCUACCACAUUUGAUCCUACCUCUGAAGUGCUACAAGGGUGCCUCUAGUAUGUUCAUUGUAGCAUCUUUGCUGCAAGCAUUUUUGCCCCAAACAUUUUCAAUGCAUAAUAACUGACCAUAAGGCAGUUUUGCUGUGGGAGAGAUAAAAUAACUGACUGACAGUUUUUGGGGAGGGGAAGUAUUGUGUUUGGUUUCAUUUCUCCAUUGACAAAUCAAUCACCUUCAGCAGAUUUAAUGUAGUUAAUCUAGUCAUUUUGGUUUCAUUUCUCCAUUCAUAAAAGUUCUUGCAAGACUUCCGCCAAGAUGGAGGUAUAGGUGGAGACGCUGUGCUUCCUCACACAACCAAGUUUAGAGACAACUAAAUAUUAGCAACAGAAAACACAGCCAGAACACAGAAAAUUGAACUUUUCGGAAGUCUGAUAACAACAAAUUCUUCAGCCUGACCGGUAAGAGGGGCGAAACCAGCAGCUGGAGGAGCGGGGUUGCACAGGAAAACUCCAUUAGAUGGACUCAGGCGCGCAGAAUCCAGGCACAGGGUUGGACCUGGUGGGCAACUCAGCGAGUGACCACAGAGAAACAGCAAGGGAGCAGGGCUGCGGGUUGACUGUGGUCUCGAAUCCGUGCGUGGAUAGACAAGCGAAGGAGUGGGCGAUUGGAUGGGACCCAGCAGGCCCCAGUGGUGAGUGGCAGCAGAGGGCACAGCCAUUUCCCCACUCUGACCCCACCUCCACAUACAGCGUCAUAACCCAGCGACCUAAGUGGCCCUGCCCUGGUGAACCACCUGAGGCUCUGCUCCUCACCCAGCGGCAAGAAACAGCAGAGGGGGCCGCCAUUUCCCUGCUCUGACCAUGCCCCAACAUGCAGCAUCACAACCCAGCGACCUGGGAGUCCAAGGCUCCCCUCCUCGUACUUAAUGGGCGUGAACAGAACAAAAAUAGCUCAAGAAGAUCUCAAAGCCCCAGAGUCUAUAAAUAUAAGCGAUGAAGAAAUAGCAAAACUCUCAGAUGCACAGUUUAAAAUACUGGUGAUCAGGAUCCUCACAGAACUGGUUGAUUAUAGCCACAAAUUAGAUAUACAUAUGAAGGCGAAACUAAUUGAAAUGAAUGGAAUUGCACAGGAAAUCAAUAGCGAUGAAAAGGAAACUGGGUCUCAAAUCAAUGGAGUGGACCAGAAGAAAGCAAAUAAUGGCCAAACAGAAAAGAGUGAAGAAGCAAGAAUUCAAAAAAAUGAGGAGAGUCUUAGGAAACUCCAGGACAUCUUUAAACGUUCCAACAUCUGAAUUAUAGGGGUACCAGAAGGGGGAAAGGCACAGCCACCAGUGGAAAACUUAUUUGAACAAAUAAUAAAGCAGAACUUCCCCAAUCUGGCAAAGGCAAUAGACUUCCAGGAAAUCCAGGAAGCUCAGAGUCCCAAAGAAGUUGGACCCAAGAAGGAACACACCAAGGCACAUCGUAAUUACAUUAACCAAGAUUAAAAUGAAGGAGAGAAUCCUAGAAGCAGCAAGAGCUAAGGGGACAGUCACCUACAAAGGAGUCCCCAUCAGAUUGUCAGCAGAUUUCUCAAAAGAGACCUUACAGGCAAGAAGGGGCUGGAAAGAGGUAUUCCAAGUCAUGAAAUCUGAAGACCUACAACCAAGAUUGCUCUAUCCAGCAAAACUUUCAUUUAGAAUGGAAGGGCAGAUAAAGUGCUUCUCAGAUAAGAUCAAAUUCAAGGAGUUCAUCAUCACCAAGCCCUUAUUAUAUGAAAUGCUAAAGGGACUUAUCUAAGAAAAAGAAGUUAAAAAAAGAUGAACAGUGAAAGGACAGCAAACUCACAGUUAUUAACAACCACACCUAAAACAAAAGCAAACUAAAAGGACAGCUAAAUCAGGAGUGGAAACAUAGAAAUGAAGAUCUCAAGGAGGGUUAGCAACAGGGGAGUAGGAGGGGGAGAAGGUACAGAAAAUAAGUAGCAUAGACAGACAGAUGGGGCAAGAAUAGUAUGGGAAAUACAGAAUCUAAAGAACUUGAGACAUGG